AUGUUGGCUCCCCUGUGGCUGCUUAGCCUUUCUGUCCCCAGUCUGUGGGCAGAGAUAUUAAUCAGAUGUUCCUAUAAGAGUCUCUGCCAGCAGGCCCUAGUCUCAGGCAAUGAUGUUGUCCUGCAAUGUGACUACCCCAAGGCACUCUGGUACUUCUCUCCCAUUCUGGGGGAAGAUCCCUUCCUGCUCUCCUCUGUGCCGAACAUAAAGAAACUUCCUGGGGGCAGCCUUCAACUGACCAACCCUCAGCCCUCGCAGACAGGCCUCUAUCACUGCCAGGACAGUGACAAUGCCCUUGUGGUAGAGUACGAGAUUGACUUCCAAGAUGUCAGCACCCUGCACAUCACCCACAAAGGCCUGGGCCAGAAGCCCCUGCAGAAUGAGACCCUGAGUCUGGGUGGUCGUGUGCUCGUCUUCACCCACUGGGAGCCCUGGCAGGACUGUAACCGCUGCGGGGAGCCCGGGGAGCGGAAGCGGCUGGGCUACUGCUACAUCGAGGAGCCCCAGGAAAAAGCCAUGCCGUGCUGGCUCUACCUGAGAGGGGAGAAGACCCACUCCAGCCGUCUGCGGACUGAACUGCAGGUGGAAGCCUGUCUUGCACCCUGCGACCAUGUCAAGGAAACCAACCAGCCAUACUUCAUCUUUGACAUUUACCCAUUGGGCAAGUUGACCAACAACAUGUGGCUUACCUGCCCCUUGGCCUCCAUCUACAGGUGA